AUGCUCAGCGAGAGACGACGAGCCGUCCGUCCAGCGGCCUGCGUCAUACAGUCCCAGAGAGGCGCAGGCCGCUUCAAGGGCCUAUCGUCUGGCGUCGUCGUCCUAGCUGUCUUGGGCGUGCCGUGGCUGGAAGACGCCCACCCCGUCGCAGCUCACAGUGCCCCAGACGAAAAUCCACUGCUCAGCAUGAGGGGCGCGGAUGUGGCGCGGGAAGAUCCUCAUGUGGCUGCCGAAGCGUCGAAGUUCCUUGAGGACGGCAUCUCCCGGCAGCAGAAUACUCGUCGCUGCCUUCCCAUGCGUCGGCGGCGGCGUGGUUUCCAUGUGGGCUACGCCACGCACGUCCUCAAUAUAACGGAGACGUGUGAGCCGUUCGUGCUGUCCGGAUGCGCGGAACUCAAUGAUCCUCCGCAGCGGUGCUGGAUUGGCUUCCAGGUGGACAGAAGCAUCCUUCGUUGA